AAUUCAUCCCUCCGCCACCUUCAAGCGUGCGCCACCCGCAUGGCGCAGAUUUGAAGGUGCGACAAAUACUGCUGGCAUCUCGUGAGUAGGGUCUUGUGGUGCAUCCAAUAUCUGUUCAUGGUGCUGCUUACAGGUCCAACAGGUCCGAGAUAUAAAGGAAUCUCGUGUAUAUAAUCAUUGCUAGAGACAUACGGACUAUGAGCUUGAGAGAUGCCUUGCUCGCAUCGCUCGCCACGCUUCCCGGCAGGCGUGAAUUCCACAUUCACGUCCUCGUUUCUGCCCCCAGGAAGCGCACGGACCUGUAUCCGUACGCAAAACCGCGUCCCCGGGCAUACCUCCAGGACAUCGUCAUCCUCCUGUCCGAACAGACUACAUUCGACGGACCUCGCGUCGUGGUCUCAGCUAUAGAGGCGGCACUCUACAACAUCCCCGCCACCUCCUGCGGCAUCCUCUACAUCUCCAAGGUGGACUCCACUGGCCAGGCUAGCAGGCCGUCGCCCACUGCCACCCUCGUCCGCGCCUUCCUAAGAUACUACGCUGACCCGUCCACGCGGCCCAUCGCCGCAGACCACCUCUGGAUCCAGCUCUUCGCGCGCGCGCAGGGGCAGUAUCUCUUCCCGAACUCUGCCGAGUUCUCCGGCAAGAAGCCGCUCGCCGACGUGCAGCUCUGUGCGUGGUGGAAGCGCAUUUUGACUGACGUCACCCGCGAGCUUCGAGAGAGCCGCGGCGAUGUGAUGAUAAGGCCGUACUACCUCUUGCCGGGGUACAAUGAGCUCGAGGCGACGCAGUCACUUAGAAUGCUGGUGGUGCACCCGCCGGCUGACGCCCCUGCGGAAUUUGCCUGGAUAUACGGGCAUCCGUAUUCGCAGGCUGAAACACCGCUGCCGUGUCCCCCUGCCACGAAGGAAGGGAACCAAACGAAUCUAGGGCAUUUCAUUCCAUCCUUCGACGAUGAUCCAAAAUCACGUUUCAUGGACGAGAUUGCGCAUACGACGAAUGCUGACGGCGUGAGCUCCCCGAAACGGAAGCGGCGGAAGACGGGUGGCAGUCGACCUGAGCCGCCUUCUGACGACGAAGACGAAGAUCGCGGACGGGGCGAACUGAAUAAGGUCAGCCCGGAGGAAUUCUGGGAGCGCAUGUCCUUCCGUCAAGAAUGCAUCUCAGGGGUGGUCACCGCGUUCUUCGUCGUCGCGCUCUCAUCACCACGGAACCAUGAACAGCUCACAAUAUCGGCACCGUCGCCGUUGGCCCCUCAGCCAGGCCAGGUGUCCUCCAAAAUGGUGAGGCGCGUCAUCAGUACGCUUCUGAACCACCACGACUUCUCUACACGGGAACGUGCCUUGCGAGCCACGGAAACACUAGAGUCUGCAAUCAAGGGCCUCUGCGAAGACCUCGCAGCAGUGCCCUCCUCCCCAAAGGCCGCCGUCAAGCACGUCGAACGCCCGACCACCCCAGAGCCAGUACCCUCGCUUCUCCUAGAGCCGCCGAGGACCCCUCCCCGGCGGGCAGGAGACUCGCACCUGCCCGAUAUCUCGCCCAACCCAUUCCCAGACCCCGUGGCAUCGCUCGAGACCUACCAUUCGUACAUCUACGGGUCGGUCGCAGUGGACAACGCGCCGCUGCCCCCGCGCGCGGUGCCGGCGGGUGGGCAGGCUGAUUCAGCGGGAGGGGCUGACCAGCCCGGCCAGCCGCGGGUGACCGUGCUGGCGGUGCGGAAGAAGCGAAAGGCUCCGUCGUGAGCUCGCCGCCGGGCGGUCGGGUGCAUUCUUGGUGCGGGCGCCGUGGUCUUGUACUUACCUUGGUCCGUGCUUCUGGGACUGCUUUUGGAUAGGGUUUUGUGCCCGCUUUGUGGCGCGUUGUUCGUUCAAACUCAAGCGUCGGUGAUGAACGCGUAUGAUCCCCGUCCGGGCGAUCCGACAACCCCGGUAUUCUUUAUGAACUUCUCGACAGCCGGGGCACGGAGUUGCGCUGUCAAUGUUGUGGCUGUCAUGCAGCACUGGGCUUCUAUUGACUGUCAGGUAUGCUCUACAGGCAGUUCCCGUCCUGCUCUGCCUCGCGAGCCGGUGC